AUGGCUUCUAACACUUUAGAACAAACACCACUUCUUGGUAAUAACACUAAUGCUACCCAAAUCGAUGAAGAAAAUGCAAAUGCACGAAUUCCUAAUCGAAAAUGUCUAAAUAUCCCGCGCGGAGUACUAGCAUUACUAAUAUUUAUCACGAUUAUGUUGUUGAGCUUUAUAUUUUUGCCUCACAAUCAUACUGAAGACACGCAUGAAGACAUUGUGUCACCGAAGCAAAUUACCAAAAAUAUAUUCGAGCAUUUAAACAAAUUUUAUCUUAUUGCGCAGAACUAUGAUCGUAAUGAUUCAUCGAUAAAAAAGGCAUCAUCCGUUGCUGAACUUACAACUUUUGAUCACGACGACGAAGAGAAUUUCGCAAUUGACUCCGAUAAUCCUAGACCGUCACGAUCGAUUACCACAGGAUAUAAUGCAUCGGCGCAAUAUAUUACAUCGUUAUUGACAAAUAAAACCAGAUGUGAGAUUCAAUUACAAUAUUUCAAAGUUCCUAUUUGGGAGAAAUUUCGUGAGGCAGAAUUGAAUGUCACAUUCCUUGAUGACGAUGAUGCUAAACAAACUGUAAUAUAUCAGGGAGGCGUAGAUUUUUGGAGUAUGAGAUAUGGUGGACAAGCAGCCAAUCUUACAAAUCAGAAAAUUGUUGUUACGCCGAAUGGAUGUGAUGGUAAAGGAUGGGGAGACGUGGAAGAUAAAAUUGUUUUGAUUCAGGAAGAUGGAAAAUGUGAAUUCUGGAAUUUAGCUUAUAAAGCCGAAUUGGAAGGUGCUUCGGCGGUAAUAUUUUAUAAUUCAGCAUCGAGAAAAAAGCUUUUAUUUAAUCGCGUUCGAAUUGUAGAUUGGAAGGAAGGAGAUCCAAUAAUGACAAUACCAGUUUUGGCUGCAUCUUUCUCUCUUGGACAAUUGCUUGCCUUCUCAAAAGAUAAAAGAAUCGAUCUGCAAACAUACACAAAGAUCUCUAUAGUUGAUACAUACAAUGUCAUUUGUUCAUUAAAAGAUGGCGGACAUAAAGAAAAUACUCUAGUUUUCGGCGCGCAUUUAGACUCUGUUCCCGCUGGUCCUGGUCUUGUCGAUAACGCAUCUGGGUCUUCCACUCUUUUAGAGAUUUUACUUGUGCUUGAAAAAACAAACUUUAAACCGGAGAAUCAUCUAGUAUUCGCCUGGUGGGGUGCAGAAGAAAUUGGAUUACUGGGAUCACGUUAUUUUGUACAAGAGGCGGUUAUGAGCGGCGAAAGUGAAAAUAUCGCAAUGAAUUUGAACUUUGAUAUGUUGGGAAGUCCUAACUUCGUGCCAUUUAUUCAUCGUGGAGAAGAUGCGCCAGAAGACGUGAGAAACGCGUCCAUCGUAAUUCAGACGACGUUUCAAAGUUUCUUCAAGGCAAUUCGAGAACCGUAUGAACUUACCGAUAUGGUGGCAGGCAGUGACUUUUUACCAUUUAUUGAACAUGGAAUUCCUUCUGGCGGCAUAUUGACUGGUGCUGGUGAAAUAAAAUCCGAAGAACAACGACAUACAUUUAGAGGUUUUGCAAACGCGCCAUUUGAUCCUUGUUAUCAUAGGUCAUGUGACACUAUUGAAAAUGUUAGUGAAGACGCUAUAAGUUUGAUGUCACAAGCAGCAUUAUAUGCUAUUAAAACAUUCGCCAAAGAAAAGCAUAUACGAUGUUUUUUAGGGCGUACUAAUUCUUAA